AUGUCGCUGAUGCCGUUUGCUAAGCAAGCCGCGUCGAAAGGACGAAAGAGUGUCUACGACUCUCUGGAUCUCGAGGAAGUUGUAGUUGACAUAGAGUACUAUCCAUCCGACAAUGAAGAGGAGCAACAGAGAAACAGGCGCUCACCGAGCAUCGAAGACUCCAAGUUUGGAAUAUUGGCCGCCGCUACAACUUUGACCUCUCUCCGGGAAUCGAGACCCGCUCGCCCGUCCUUCCACUAUCCGUUGCAAGAACAAGAAGAGCCGCGACGUAAAUUCAACAUCGCUCAUCUUGCUCUGCCUUCGAAGACCGAUUCGAGAGGCUCACUGAACAUUUUCGUGAAGCAUGAGGUCGUCUCGGACCCCAUCUCGAACUCGGCAUUGUUGCCAAUGAGGUUUCCUUACGAUUCAUCGGCUAUCGAUGCCGAAAACAGGGUCUCGCAAGCUCUGCAGACGAUCGCCGAGGCGGCGGCUGCUUCAGCAGCGCAAGCCGCUGCGCCCGCCAAAUACGUUAUAACAAACCCCCCGAUCCAGCUCGGGCAAUCGUCUAGCACAGCCAACGACCACUCGUACCUAAUGUCCAGUUUACCGGUAUUCGGGUCGUACCGUGUCGAUACUCCAACGCACGUUCCAUCGCGAUCGAAGUCCGUCUCCACUUCGGCUAGCGAAUCGUCGUCACCGUGUGAAGUUUCCUCGACCGUUGCCGAAAACGGCCUCGGCCUGAAACUAGAAGAGAGCGACGUGAUAUUCAGAGAAGAGCCCGUUGAAAUUUUUCCUGAUGGAAUGCCCUGCUCGUCGUCAUCUGUCCCAUCGAACAGAGAAGAGCAAGAGCCCAAAUUCAAAUGCUCAAAGUGCCCCAAAGUUUUCAAAUGCCACCGUGGCCUCCAAAGUCACAUGAAGGUCCACAAGAGACGCUUCCGUUACACCGUCAAACCGCAGGACAUGCACAUAUUUGACGAAGAUUCCGAAGACUCGGCGGAUAAAGACUACCGGCAACCGUCUUUGAUGGGAGCCGCGUCAAGCCUUGUCACUCAAACGUGGACUACAGACGAUGUUCCCUCGGGAUCGAGAGCCAUCAAAAUCGAACCGCCGGGAGACGACGGGGACGCAACGAAGCCGUUCGCUUGUACGCAAUGCUUCAAGCGCUUCUCCUCCAUGAAGGGACUGAGGAGUCACGCCAACUCGCAUAACAAGCGUGCCGGCGUUAGCAGAACGCAAAAGCAGCCUACGGCUGCCGCUGAAGAAUCUCAAAUCAUUGAGGACAAUUCUUUCGGAGAACAAUUCACCAUGGAUCUCAUGGAGCAAGGCGGCGACGAUGAGGAAACCGGCGUCGACGAUCUCGAGGGCGCCGGCAUCGUGCCCGGUGUGAAGCCCGAGGGCCGGAUGUUCCUCUGCACACUUUGCGGGAAGCGUUUCUGCCGCCGUAAUCAUCUCGUGUUCCACCUAAGAAUCCAUUCCGGCGAGCGUCCCUACCCGUGCGAGGUUUGCGCCGCCCGUUUCUCUCGUGCGGACAGCCUCAAAGUCCACAUGCGGAUCCAUACCGGGGAAAGACCCUACGUAUGCGAUAUCUGCGGCGCAGCCUUCGCUCAGAUGAUCAACGCUAACGUUCAUCGACGAUGUCAUACCGGAGAAAAACCCUUCCGCUGCGAAGAGUGCGGAGCGCGAUUCAUUAAGAAAGACGGACUGACUGUCCACCGACGAAUUCAUACGGGAGAGAAGCCGUAUAGCUGUGACCAGUGUGGGGCGAGAUUCGCUUAUCGCUCCUGCAUACUGAGUCACUACAAGGUGCACAAUGGCGAUCUGCUGUACAGAUGUGAGAAAUGUAAUGCAGGUUUUUCGUUGUUGUGCAAUCUGACACGUCACAAAAGGGUUCAUGCAGAAGAGGAAGCAGCCGAGUAG